AUGGUGUUGAUGUGCAAGAAUGUUUUGGACUUCAACAUUGUCGUUGAUCUUACCAAAGGAAACGUUGGUGGAGUCAUUGGAAUUGGUCUCAAUGUUGUUGGUUCAACAGUUGAUGACCUCACUGCCUUCUUAGGCCGAAAUGUUUCUCCUUCUUUGAUAAUUGUUUAUAAGUUCUUCCUUCUAUUCAACCCAGCCACAUCCAAAAAAUUGGUUUACUGGAACCAAAGUAGCGAUUGCUGUCAAUGGAAUGGAGUAACAUGCAGCAAGGGCGGUGUCAUUGGUCUUGACUUGAGUGAGGAGUUUAUUUUUGGAGGACUAGAUAAUUCCAGUCUCUUUGAACUGGAAUAUUUGCAGAGGUUGAAUCUGGCUUACAAUGAUUUCAAUUCUUCCAUUCCUGUGAACUUCGGCAAGCUAAAGAGUUUGAGGUAUUUGAAUUUAUCAAAUGCUGGAUUUCAUGGCCAGAUUCCAAAUGAGAUUUCUCAUCUGACAGAUUUGACAACACUUGACUUGUCAACACCACUUACCUCACAACCUAUUCUUAAACUCCAGAAUCCAAAUAUUGCAAUGUUUUUGCAGAAUCUUGCAAAAAUCACAGAACUAUACCUUGAUGGUGUAAUGGUAUCUGCUGAGGGAAAGGAGUGGUGUCAUGCUCUAUCUUCUCUUCAAAAUCUUGAAGUGUUGAGUAUGUCAUCAUGCAAUAUCUCUGGACCAAUUGAUUCUUCGCUAGCAACACUUGAGAAACUCGCAAUAGUUAGAUUGAGUCUGAAUGACAUCUCAAGUUCGGUGCCAGAAUUCUUUGCAAAUUUCUCCAAUUUGAAUGUCUUAGAGAUCAGCAGUUGCUCGCUGAAUGGUCUCUUUCCAAAGGGCAUCUUUCAACUUCAAACCCUAAAGGUUCUUGAUAUAUCAAACAACAAGGAUCUUCAUGGAGUUUUGCCAAACUUCUUACCACAUGCUGCUCUUCACACCAUGAAUCUUAGUAAGACAGAUUUCUCUGGUAAGUUACCAGGUUCUAUUUCAAAUCUUACUCAGCUUGUUCAAUUGGACUUGUCUUUUAAUAGGUUUACUGGUCCGCUUCCCUCUUUCAAGAUGGUAAAAAAUCUCAGAUAUUUAUCAAUCUCGAACAAUAAUCUGACAGGAGUUAUUACUACAACUCAUUUUGAGGGACUUGAAAAUCUCCUCUAUAUCAAUUUAGGAGAUAAUUACCUUAGUGGAAACAUUCCAAUGUCUCUUUUUACACUUCUAUCUUUGCAAGAGCUUACACUUUCUCAUAAUGGACUUAAUGGUUUAUUAUAUGAACUUACCAAUGCUUCUUCCUCAAAAUUAGAGUUGAUUGACUUGAGCAGCAAUAGAUUGAAUGGCCCUAUUCCCGUAUCUCUCUUUCAUAUUAAAGGACUUCGUUUCCUACAACUUUCUGACAAUGAAUUCAAUGGCACCAUGCGGCUUGAUGUGGUUCAAGGGCUUCAAAAUUUGCAUACAUUAGGUCUUUCUCACAAUAAAUUAUCAGUUGAUGCAACUCUUAAUGAUGAUCAUGCCAUUUCAUCCCUUCCGAGCAUGAAAUAUUUAUUUUUGGGUGCUUGCAAUUUAGGAGAAUUUCCGGGGUUCUUGAGAAACCAAAACCAAAUAAAUGCUUUAGACCUAUCCAACAACCAGAUUCAAGGAGAAAUACCAAACUGGAUUUGGAGAUUUCAAUCUCUGGUUUAUUUAAACCUUUCCAACAAUUUUCUCACAAAUAUGGAAGGACCCUUUCAUGAUCUGAAUUCCAACCUAUUCAUUCUUGAUCUUCAUUCCAAUAAACUUACUGGAUUAGUUCCCACUUUCACAAAAUUUGCGGUCCAUUUGGACUACUCAAACAAUAGUUUCAUUGGUGCCCCACUCGACCUGGAUAAGCAUGUUCCUUUUGUAUACUUUUUCUCCCUUUCAAAUAACAACUUUCAAGGAAAAAUCCCUAAGUCCUUUUGUAAUCUGUCUUCUCUCCGGUUACUUGAUCUUUCUUAUAAUCGCUUCAAUGGUCUCAUCCCCAAGUGCUUGAUGAGAAGGAACAGUACCCUCCGAGUACUAAAUCUUGCUCAAAACAAACUCCAGGAUUAUGUUUCUGACACCAUUUCAAGUUCAUGCAGUUUAAGAUUCCUCAAUCUCAAUGGAAAUCUCUUGGAAGGUGUUAUCCCAAGCACACUUGCAAAUUGCAAGAGUCUACAAGUCUUAAAUCUUGGAAACAAUAUGUUUGACGAUAGAUUUCCUUGCUUCUUGAUGAAAAUUUCCACCCUGCGAGUGCUGAUUUUGAGGUCAAACAAACUCAAUGGUCCUAUUGCAUGCCCACGUAGCACUAGCAAUUGGGAGAUGCUCCACAUUGUUGAUCUAGCCUUCAAUAACUUCACUGGUAUUCUCCCUGGACCAGUUUUGAGAAGCUUGAAACAAAUGAUGCGACGUGAUACCAAAUCCCAUGAGAAGUACGGGAAUCUAUUUUUUGAUAUGUUUGAUGAUGGUGACAUCAUGGUUUACAAUAAUUUGUCGUCGUGUGUCAACAAAUUUCUAGUAAUAAAAUUGUACGGAUUGUUGGAAACUGAACCUUAUGAUGUGCUUGUCCACAUAUUUAAUUAUUAUAGCGUUACAAACGAAUAUGGAGGUCGCUACUUGGAUUCAGUUACAGUUGUGGACAAAGCUUUGCAAAUGAAGUUGCUCAAAAUUCCCACUAUCUUUGCUUCCUUGGAUCUCUCCUCCAACCAUUUUGAAGGUCCAAUACCUCAAGAACUUGUGAAUUUGAGUGCACUGAAUGUUCUUAACUUGUCACAUAAUACUUUCUCAAGCCACAUCCCCUCAUCAAUUGGAAAUUUGAUGAAUAUAGAAUCCUUGGACUUGUCAAACAAUAGGUUGAGCGGAAAAAUCCCUUCUGAGUUUGCUGGUUUAAACUUUCUAGCAUACUUGAAUCUCUCACUUAACCAUUUGUGGGGGGAAAUUCCCACAGGUGCUCAAAUGCAAACAUUUGAUACGAGUUCUUUUGAAGGCAAUGAAGGAUUAUGUGGGCCACCACUAAGAGAUUGCAGCAGUGAUAGUGGGGGACAUUCAUCUCCAACACCAGUAUAUGAAAUGCAUGGAUCAAUUGACUGGAGUUUCUUAAGUGUGGAACUGGGAUUUAUCUUUGGCUUUGGAAUUGUUAUCCUCCCCCUUAUUUUUUUUAACUGUUGGAGGCUUUUGUAUUGGAAGCAUGUGGAUGACCUACUUUACAUGCUUGUUCCUCAACUUGGUUUCCUUUAUGAACAUCAUAAAGGACAAAGGUACAGGUCUUUAAGGUGGAUCGGAUAG